AUGGGAAAAUUAGCUCCAGAAGUGUUUUUUAGAGCUUUAAAGCAACGUGGAUCUAAACGUUUCUUUGGAGUUCCGGAUUCACUCUUGAAGGAUUUCUGUGCCUUCGUAACGGAUCACACACACCCCUUUGAACACGUCAUUACGGCAAAUGAAGGUAAUGCUGUAGCCAUGGCAACUGGACACCAUCUAGCUACAGGGGAAUUCCCCGUUGUCUAUAUGCAAAAUAGUGGAUUGGGAAAUACAAUAAAUCCACUCCUUAGCCUUACACACUCGGAUGUUUAUGGUAUUCCAUUAUUAAUGAUUAUUGGUUGGCGAGGGGCACCAGGUGUAAAGGAUGAACCGCAGCAUGUAGCUCAAGGUAGAUUAAAUGAAGAUCUUUUACGUACUACAGAAGUUCCCUUCUCUGUUUUAACUGCAGAUUGUGAUGAUGUGGAAGCAUCUAUGCAGAAUGCACUGGAUACAGCUUUUAAUCAUAUGCAAACUGCAAAAACACCUUAUGCUUUAUUGGUACGUCCAGGAGUAUUUAGUAAAUAUCAAUUACAAAGUAAUCAAGAAGAAGUAAAAGGAAUUCCAAUGUCUCGUGAAGAGGCUAUUGAACAAGUAUUACGACAACUUAAUCAUAAAGAUAUUGUGGUAAGUACAACUGGAAUGCCUUCACGAGAAGUUUUUGAAGUACGUGAACGUACUGGAGUUGGACAUGCUCAUGAUUUUCUUACUGUGGGUAGUAUGGGUCAUUGUUCAUCUAUUGCGGCCGGUAUAGCUUUAGCAAAACCAGAAAGACAAGUCUAUUGUUUUGAUGGUGAUGGUGCAGCUAUUAUGCAUAUGGGUUCUCUUGCCGUUAUUGGUGGUACCGCCGCUAUUAAAUCUAUCCAUACAAACGAACCAAAUCCUUUACAAAACUACAAACAUGUGGUAUUCAAUAAUGGAGCGCAUGACUCUGUAGGAGGUCAACCUACUGCUGGCUUUGAUAUAUCUCUUACACAAGUUGCUAAAGCGUGUGGGUUUAAAAUUAUUCGGGAGGAACCUGUAAUGAAUAUGGGUGAAUUGGUGGAGGCUGUAGGGGAAUUGAAAGAGAGUGCGGGGCCAGCAUUCUUGGAAAUAAUUGUGCGAAAGGGUAAUCGUCCAGAUCUCGGUCGUCCGACUACCACACCAAAGGAGAAUAAGAAGGCCUUUAUGGAUUUCUUGAACCAGAAUUAA